GGCGCCCCCCGCCCCCCGGACCCCGGAGAGCCUCCGCCGGCGGCCCCGCGCUGCUCCCUGCGGGAAGCGGAGGAUCUGGGCGACGGCUCCGGGAACACGGUGGCGGAGGAAGGGAGGCCGGAGCAGACCCCGGGGUCCCCCGCAGCUCGCCGAUCCAGCGGACCCGGAGCGCUUGUGGGCACGGCCGGGGCCCGCGGGGAGUCGACGCCGCCCCUCGGUUCUCUCCCCGCUGCCGCCCGCACGCCAGGACAUGUCCCGAGGCCUGCACUCCGCGGUCCUGCCCGCCGCGCCGGGGUCCCGGAAGGCCGCCCCCCGAAGCCUCAGCUGCCUCUCGGACCUGGACGGCGCCGCCCCGGAGCCGCGGCCCUGUCGGCCCCCGGGGAGCCCUGGCCGCGCGCCGCUGCUGGCGCCGGCGCCGUCCGGCUGCGACCCCCGCCUGCGGCCCAUCAUCCAGCGGCGGGCGCGCUCGCUGCCCAGCUCCCCCGAGCGCCGCCAGCAAGCGGCGGGCGCGCCCGGCGCGGCGUGUCGGCCCGGCUGCAGCCGGCAGCUCCGCGUGCGCUUCGCCGACGCGCUGGGCCUGGAGCUGGCGCAGGUGAAGGUGUUCGACGCCGGGGACGACCCGUCGGUGCCGCUGCACGUGCUGUCGCGGCUCGCCAUCAACUCGGACCUGUGCUGCAGCAGCCAGGACCUGGAGUUCACGCUGCGCUGCCUGGUGCCCGACUUCCCGCCGCCCGUCGAGGCGGCCGACUUCGGCGAGCGCCUGCGGCGGCAGCUCGUGUGCCUGGAGCGCGUCACCUGCUCGGACCUGGGCAUCAGCGGCACCGUGCGCGUGCGCAACGUGGCCUUCGAGAAGCAGGUGGCCGUGCGCUACACCUUCUCGGGCUGGCGCAGCGCGCACGAGGCGGCGGCGCGGUGGCGCGGGCCUGCGGGCGCCGAGGGCGCCGAGGACGUCUUCGCCUUCGGCUUCCCGGUGCCGCCCUUCCUGCUGCAGCUCGGCUCGCUCGUGCAGUUCGCGCUGCGCUACCGCGUGGCCGGCGCCGAGUACUGGGACAACAACGACGGCCAGGACUACAGCCUCACGUGCCGCAACCACGCGCUGCACAUGCCGCGCGGGGAGUGCGAGGAGAGCUGGAUCCACUUCAUCUGAGCCGGCGCGCCUCGGCCCCCAGGGCGGCCGGGCCCCUCUGUCCACCUGGUCUCCGGGGCAGCCCCGGGCGGCGGGAGGGC